AUGACAUCAGAAGACGUAAUUCACAAAAAAUUACACGAUAUUCUUCUAAAGAAAAUAAGUCACAACAAAGAUCCAACCGUAGCGGCCAAUUGCGUAAAAAUUCUCCAAAAAGUAGUUGAAAACAUUCUGACGAACCCGGACGUUCCGAAAUAUCGUUCAUUGCCUUCAGACAAUGCCAGGAUAAGAAGGGACAUCCGUGAAGUCGACGGUGGACUGGAUUUUCUUUUGGCGCUAGGAUUUAGAAAAAAGGUUGUCUCGUUCAAAGAGUCUUUCACUCUCGAUAAUGACCGAAUGGAUACAACCAAGCUGAAGAUUGCGCAGACCUUAUUAAACGAGUUCGUUCAAAGGGCCGAAACGAGAAGAGAAACGGCAGAUAGAAUGAUGAUGCGAGAGAAAAUUGAAGCUCAAUUAUAUGAAAAGCGGGUUCGGCAAGAUAUAGAAGAAGAUUGGAAUAAUAGGAGAAGGAAAAGCAUGCUUGCAAGACAGAGUCAAGAGCGGAAAAAGGAGGAAGAUAAAUUACGAGAAGAGCAAGAAAGAUCAGAAAUGGAAGGACUUGUUCCUAUGAAGGAUACGGGAGAUCUACGAGGAAAGCCUUAUCGUAAUGUUUAUCGCCUUGGGACCAGUCAUGACGAUGAUUGCGAUGAUGAUAAUAAUGACGAGGAUGACAAUGAUUUUGAUAAUGAUGAUCCAGCAGCAUAUGACGAGCCAAGGCACACCUGA